GUCAUAUGUGCGGAAGCCUCACAAUAAAACAAAAUGGAGCUGUCUGUCGAGGCCUUGGGAGGGUUGCAGCUCUGUGGGGACAGCGCACAUGUUUCGGACAAAGCUUUCAUCGUUCUUGUUCGCCGAGUGUGUGAUAACCUUUUGAAAGAUUCCACUGACACCUCCGUGCUCGAUGAUGAAGGUCUAUCAAAUGUAGACCGUGCUGUUUUAAAACUCUGCUUUGCAUCCCUUGUAACACUAGUAUUGGAAGCUGCUAAACAUGACAGCGAUGCAUCAACAAUCAGUACCAUUCUUGAAGACUGCAAAUUCACGGCUGAUCGAAUAGAUAUCCUCAAUAAAAUUUUUAUCAGUAAAAAACCUGAAAUUCAAGCAUUACUAAGUAAUAUAGGACACACACCACCGCAUAUUGUAGAUGUUGACUGGAGACUUGAUUUUUAUUUAAAGAAUAAUCAUGUUGAUAAAGUGAAUGAACCAGUGUAUAUGGUGACAUUAAAAACGGAAGAAGGAGGUCAAGAAGAAACAAAAGAUGUGCAAUUUGCAUGUUCCAUGGAACAGUUACAGGAUUUGGUCGGAAAGUUGAAAGACGCAUGUAAAAAUUUAGAGAAAGCCAGCCAACUGUGAUAAUUUUUUUAUAUAUGAAAAGUUUUUUUUAUAGUAUUUUCAUUUUUACUGUAUAAAUAUAUAUAUAUUUCCGUGUAAGUUUCUUAGAACGUCUGCUUUGGUUCAACUCACAGAAACUAGUGAGGUAUGUUAUUAUACAUCUGCCAUCAGAACGUCAUAAGUUACAGCAUG